AUGGAUGUCACUUUUUCACGGUUUUCAGUAUCAGCAAUGAUUGCUUUGUUUUUAACAACAUUUGCUGGUGCUGCCCAGGAUUGGGGUGAUACGCCAACUCCAUGGAGAUGGACUCCAUCACCAUCUUGGGAUAAAACAGCACCACCUAAAAAGAAAUGGCCAACAGAAUCACCAACAUGGCCUGCAACUAAAACAAGACAGCCAAAAACGCCAAAUCCAACACAAGAACCUCCAAAACCAGACACACCAGCACCAACAGAGACAGCAACAACAACAACGACAACUAAAAUAAUAGAUACACCUUCUCCAUCUGCAAACGCACAAACUCCAGAUGCUACAAUGACUCCUAAACCAGAUGACCAGAAGAGCGGAUGGGCAAAGCACCAGACAAUGUAUAUCUCAUUAAUCGCUGUUGGAGCAGUCAUAAUCAUUGCAAUUAUUUUCGUGGUUGUUAUUCUCUCAGUUAAGAAGAGAAAGGACGAUCAAUCUACCACUCUUAACGAGCCAAUCCUCGGCGAAAAGGAAUUGAUUUAA